AUGCAGUUUUCUUGUAUUACAGUAACAAACUUGGCACUCGGAAAGGCAGUUUUUGCAAGUUCCUAUUUUGAAUAUUAUUUUACCAUAGAAUCAUGGCAAAAUGUGGUCGAUGGACAAACACGUGUCUCCGAUGCCGGUUUAUUAUUUCACACCGAUUUUGAACUUUACCCGUGGUUGACUGUUACACUGGAAGGACAAAGCAUCGUGAAGAGCAUCACACUCUAUAACAGGAGCGAUCGCAACGGUGAAUGGCUGCAUGGCGUUGAAACCAGGGUUGGAAACUCCACUGACUGGGCUCAGAUGUCCACUUGUGGAACGUUCGUGGGACCUAGUGUGACGGGAGGAGUUCACGUCAUCAAGUGUGGGAAACUCUUGUAUGGAAUGUUCGUCACCGUGAAAAUUGUCAAACCGAACUACAUAACAAACGACCCCAACGCCAGUGGCGGGAAAAAUUGUCUGGUGUUGGAGGAAGUUGUCAUCGCUGGAAUCGUGGUGUGAACCAAGGACUGGGAAAUAAAUUUUAUUCACUCCACUAUCGCCUAACAUUUUAUCAAAGUAUUAGA